AUGGCUUCCGCAAAUCGGAUGAUUCUUACUUUAUUUACUUCUAAGUCAUGUUCUCUUUGUAUUGAUGCAAAAUACACGAUCGAUCAAGUGAGAAGAAAGAUCCCAUUUGAUUUAAUUCAAAAAGAUAUCAAACUUUCAGAAAAUUCGGUUUGGUUUCAUAAAUACAAAUAUGAUAUUCCAGUACUCCACUUAAAUGAUCAAUUCCUAUUCAAACAUAAAGUAAAGCAGGAUAAAUUAGAGUUAGUACUCAAAAGAUUUCAAGAAACUGGUAAAAUUUCUUCUGAGUUUGUUGAUGAAGAAGUUAAGACCGAUUAG